AUGCAGAAGUUCACGGUUUUCCUGUUCGCUCUAGCAGCGGUUUGUAUCCAUUGCGAAGCUAAAUAUUUCGCUACCCGAUGUGAUCUUGUCCGUGAAUUAAGAAACCAGGGAUUCCCUGAAGACAAAAUGAGAGAUUGGGUAUGUUUGGUUGAGAAUGAAAGCGGUAGAAAGACUGACAAGAUGGGAACAAUAAACAAGAAUGGUUCCAGGGAUUAUGGACUAUUCCAGAUCAACGACAAGUACUGGUGCAACAAAGGCAACACUCCUGGAAAAGACUGCAAUGUCACUUGUGCUGAUAUGUUAUUAGAUGACAUAACAAAAGCCUCAACUUGCGCAAAGAAGGUCUUCAAACGCCAUAACUUCAGGGCGUGGUACGGAUGGCGCAACCACUGCAACGGGAAAACUUUGCCUGAUAUUAGCAACUGUUAA